AAUAAUAAAAAAAGCGCUAAAAUCAUUCAUUUUGUCUGGAAUCAAUCCGAAAUCAUUCAAUUGCAAAAUGCACGAAUUUCUGAUGCGAUACAGAAAUUCAGUACAUAGUACAACCGGUAAGUCACCAGCAGAGGUUGUUUUUGGCCACAAGUUAAGAAGUAGAUUAGACGCAUUAGCCAUGCAUCGCCCAGCAACAGCUGACGCAGCACUCGAGUGCGUUGUAAAAGAUAACCAGUUUUCGCAGUGUAAAUACUACGGCGGUAAGCGAGUUGUUGACUUUAAAGUGAACGAUUUAGUUUUAGUUAAAAUGUACAGUGCACAAAAAAACUAUUGGGUGAAGGGAACUGUAAUAGAUCAGAUAGGUAAAAGUUUGUACACGAUCAAGUUAAGUGACUCUGACAGCAUUAUCAAAAGACAUGCUAAUCAGCUGUUAAAACUAAAAGGGGAGGAAGUAUCGCGUGAUGAUUUGGUGACUCACCCAAGUACCUCUAGCAUGGACCAGACCGUAACAGAAAUGCCUGCAAUUAUUUUGCCACCAGUACAGCGAAACGACGUGACUCCAACUCAGCACGAUAUUGCACCAGUUACAGUGGUACCUACUGAGGAGGAACGGGUACUGGCUCCUAUGAUAGAUGCGACUCCAAUUGAUCAAGGCAGCAGCCACAUAUCUACGCAACACACUGAGCAGCAAAUCGGAACCAGUUUAGGCGAGGGGUCUGUGCCCCCGCGCUCUGAGCAAACUGAAGGUUACCAGGCGGGACCAACAUCAGACUCGGCUGGAGAAACCGCCGAUCAGUUUGAGUCACCUGAUUCUUCUCCGGUGGCUGAGCCACCUCCCCCACGGAGAAAUCGAAACGUCGUUAACUACAAACAAUAUUUUUAGGCUAAGGGUGGAGGGAUGUUAGUAAUAAGUAGUACGGCUGCGACCGUAUGCAAAUUAGUCGAAUAGAUGCACCUACGCAAGACGCACGUCUUUCAUUUCCUUGCCCCGCCCCGCAC